AGCGGCCGCGGGAGCCGCCGAGGGGCCGGGGCCCCCUGCGCUCGCCCCCUCACUACCAUGUACAGCGUGCGCUGCAAGAAGAAGGCGGGCGAUGCACGCACACCCCCCGCGCCCCGCUGCCUCCGGCUUGGCCCCGGGCGUGCGCCGCUGACCAGGGGGGAAUGUGCUGAGGACGGCGUGGAGCAGAGCCGCGGGGGGAGGGGAGGGCGCGACGAGCCGGCGGCGGCUGGAGGGGGCGGCGGCCGGCUCCCGGCUGGGACAAAGUUGCCCCCCGUGCAGAUGGCAACUGAGGUAAAAUGCACACUUGCUGGCCCCCAGUAACUUUGGAACAGGACCUUCACAGAAAAAUGCAUAGCUGGAUGCUGCAGACUCUAGCUUUUGCUCUAACAUCUCUCGUCCUUUCGUGUGCAGAAACCAUCGAUUAUUAUGGGGAAAUCUGUGACAAUGCAUGUCCUUGUGAGGAAAAGGACGGCAUUUUAACUGUGAGCUGUGAAAACCGGGGAAUCAUCAGCCUUUCUGAAAUUAGUCCUCCUCGGUUCCCCAUCUACCACCUCUUGUUGUCUGGAAACCUUUUGAGCCGUCUUUAUCCCAAUGAGUUUGUCAAUUAUACUGGGGCUUCGAUUCUGCAUCUGGGUAGUAAUGUCAUCCAGGAUAUAGAGACAGGGGCUUUCCAUGGGCUACACGGUUUAAGGAGAUUGCAUUUGAACAACAAUAAACUGGAACUUCUGCGUGAUGACACCUUCCUUGGCUUGGAAAGCCUGGAGUACCUACAGGUCGAUUACAAUUACAUCAGUGUCAUUGAGCCCAAUGCUUUUGGGAAACUGCAUUUGUUGCAGGUGCUUAUCCUUAAUGACAAUCUCUUGUCCAGUUUACCCAACAACCUUUUCCGUUUUGUGCCCUUAACGCACUUGGACCUGCGGGGAAACCGGCUGAAACUUUUGCCCUAUGUGGGCUUGUUGCAGCACAUGGAUAAAGUUGUGGAGCUCCAGCUGGAGGAAAACCCCUGGAAUUGCUCCUGUGAGCUUAUCUCCCUCAAGGAUUGGUUGGACAGCAUCUCCUACUCGGCCCUGGUGGGGGAUGUGGUUUGCGAGACCCCUUUCCGCUUACAUGGCCGAGACUUGGACGAGGUGUCCAAGCAGGAACUCUGCCCCAGGAAACUCAUUUCGGACUAUGAGAUGAGGCCGCAGACGCCUUUGAGCACCACGGGGUACUUACACACCACCCCAGCCUCCGUGAAUUCGGUGGCCACUUCUUCCUCUGCUGUUUACAAACCCCCCCUCAAGCCCCCGAAAGGGACUCGCCAACCCAACAAGCCCAGAGUGCGCCCCACCUCUAGGCAGCCCGCCAAGGACCUGGGCUACAGCAAUUAUGGCCCCAGCAUCGCCUACCAGACCAAAUCUCCGGUGCCUUUGGAGUGCCCCACUGCGUGCACUUGCAACCUGCAAAUCUCCGAUCUGGGCCUCAACGUCAACUGCCAGGAGCGCAAGAUCGAGAGCAUCUCCGAGCUGCAGCCCAAGCCCUACAACCCCAAGAAGAUGUAUCUGACGGAGAACUACAUCGCCUUGGUGCGCAGGAGCGACUUCCUGGAGGCCACGGGGCUGGACCUGCUCCACCUGGGCAACAACCGCAUCUCCGUGAUCCAGGACCGCGCCUUCGGGGAUCUCACCAACCUGAGGCGCCUCUACCUGAAUGGCAACCGGAUCGAGAGGCUGAGCCCGGAGCUGUUCUAUGGCCUGCAAAGCCUGCAGUAUCUCUUCCUCCAGUACAAUCUCAUCCGCGAGAUCCAGUCCGGGACCUUCGAUCCCGUCCCCAACCUCCAGCUGCUCUUCCUGAACAACAACCUGCUGCAGGCCAUGCCAUCGGGCGUCUUCUCUGGCCUGACCCUCCUGCGGCUCAACCUGCGGAGUAACCACUUCACCUCCCUGCCCGUGAGCGGCGUCCUGGACCAGCUGAAGGCCCUCAUCCAGAUCGACCUCCACGACAACCCCUGGGAUUGUACCUGCGACGUGGUGGGCAUGAAGCUGUGGGUGGAGCAGCUCAAGGUGGGCGUGCUCGUGGACGAGGUCAUCUGCAAGGCGCCCAAGAAGUUUGCCGAGAUGGAUAUGCGCGCCCUCAAGUCCGAGCUGUUGUGUCCGGACUACUCGGACGUAGUGGUGUCCACGCCCACGCCCUCGUCCAUCCAGGUCCCGGCCAGGACCAGCGCCGUGACGCCCACCGUGCGCUUGAACAGCACCGGGGCCCCAGCGGGCUUGGGCGCGGGCCAAGGGGGUGCGUCGUCCGUGCCGCUGUCCGUGCUGAUCCUCAGCCUGCUGCUGGUCUUCAUCAUGUCCGUGUUCGUGGCCGCCGGGCUCUUCGUGCUGGUGAUGAAGCGGCGGAAGAAGAACCAGAGCGACCCCACGAGUACCAACAACUCCGACGUGAGUUCCUUCAACAUGCAGUACAGCGUGUACGGCGGCGGGGGCGGCAGCGGCGGCGGCGGAGGCGCGGGGUCCCACCCGCACGCGCACGUGCACCACCGCGGGCCCGCGCUGCCCAAGGUGAAGACCCCCGCGGGCCACGUGUACGAGUACAUCCCGCACCCGCUGGGCCACAUGUGCAAGAACCCCAUCUACCGCUCGCGGGAGGGCAACUCGGUGGAGGAUUACAAAGACCUGCACGAGCUCAAGGUCACCUACGGCGGCAACCACCACCUGCAGCAGCCGCCGCCACCGCCGCCGCCGCCGCCGCCGCCGCCCCAGCAGCAGCCCCCGCCGCAGCUGCAGCUGCAGCCGGGCGACGAUGACAGGCGGGAAAGCCACCACUUGCGGAGCCCGGCCUACAGCGUCAGCACCAUCGAGCCCCGGGAGGACCUGCUGGCGCCGGUGCAGGACGCCGAUCGCUUUUACAGGGGCAUUUUAGAACCAGACAAGCACUGCUCCAGCACCCCCGCCGGCAGCAGCCUCCCGGAAUAUCCCAAAUUCCCGUGCAGCCCCGCUGCUUACACUUUCUCCCCCAACUAUGACCUGAGACGCCCCCAUCAGUAUUUGCACCCGGGGCCGGGGGACAGCAGGCUGCGGGAACCGGUGCUCUACAGCCCCCCCAGUGCUGUCUUUGUAGAACCCAACCGGAACGAGUAUCUGGAGCUAAAAGCAAAACUAAACGUUGAGCCGGACUACCUCGAAGUGCUGGAGAAACAGACCACAUUUAGCCAGUUCUAAACAGCAAAGAAACUCCUUGGGAGCUUUUGCAGUGCAAGCGAGAGAGCGAGCAGACACAGACAGUGAAAGCAGUUGAUUAAUCGCGUUGUUUCAACGUUUAGGGUGAAGUGCCUUGGCACUAGAUUCUCAGCUUCGGGCGGAAGAUACUGAAAGGGUGUGCAAUUUCCUUUUAAUUUUCCACGCGGGAAACAUUUGUGUAAAUUGGGCACAUCGCUUUCUCUUCUUGCGUGUGUGGGGGUGGGGGGAGGCGGGAGAGGAG